UUCUUCCUAAUGAUAUGACAUGGCGUGACCUUUUUGACAUGGUCAUUGUCUCCGCAAGGAAGCCUGAAUUUUUUCAAAUGUCGCACCCUUUGUAUGAAGUAGUAACAGAUGAUGGACUAAUGCGCCCCAGCUUUAAGGCAUGUUCAGGUGGCUUAUACUCAGGUGGAAGUGCUCAGAUGGUAGAGAAAUCCCUUGGUGUUCAUGGCGAUGAGAUAUUAUAUGUCGGAGACCAUAUAUUUAUAGAUGUAAGCCAAUCCAAAGUUCAUUUGCGGUGGCGGACAACUUUGAUUUGCAGAGAACUAGAAGAUGAUGUUAGUUACAAUUUUAUCUGUUGUGGGUUUGUGUGGUCACAUGGUUGUGUUUUUUUCGGCUGUGUGCUUCCAUUGCAUCCUGAGUCCUUUACAUAGGAUUUACUGUGCCAUCCUUGUUCAUUAUGAAUUUUGAUUGUUGCAUUGCAUUUAUCUGGCGGGGGUUAUUCAUUGGUGUAAAUAUUGGGAUAAUGGGAUAAUUUUUGGAACACCACUUUUUGGUGUUAUUCAUUGGGGUAAUUCGAUAUGGAUUCAACUUUAUAGUGUUAUUGGUUUGUUGGGAUAAUUGGGAGACAAAUACUCUACUUCCCCCAAAAUUACCCCAACUAUAUAAAGAACCCUCAAACCCCACCCUCAAAUUUACCCCAAAU